AUGGAGACGUCACAGACCCUCGUGCAGGAGUCGCGCGUCCACAGCUACCAGGAGGUGCACGUCUCAGAGACGCGGCAGGUCAAGAAGAAGUCCAAGUCGAAGAGGCACAAGGAUGAGGGAUCCAUAUCGGUGUCGAAGAGUUCUGAGAAGCUGCACAAGAAGCUGAAGGCGGUGAACGGGGAAUCGAACCCGCAGUGCGAGAAGUGCUCGCGGCCAGUGUUCGCGAUGGAGAGGGUCAAGGCGGAGCGCAGGGUCUGGCACAAGGAGUGCUUCCGCUGCGUCCAGUGCAACAAGCAGCUAACAGUGGAGACCUACCAGAGCGACCACACGACGCUGUACUGCAAGCCGCAUUUCAAGCAACUCUUCGAGCCGAAGCCAGUAGACGGUGAUGACGAGACCGACGCCGCACCGAAGAAGCAUCAAAUGAUAAUCUGUGAGAGCAAUCCCGUCGAGCUCCCGCCAGACGUCGUUAGAGCGUCGGACAAGCCCGACCUGGGGCUGGAGGAGCUGGCGCAGCUGGACGUGAAGUCGCGCUUCGAGGUGUUCGAGAGGGCGGCGCGCAGCCCCGAGCCGCCCCCCGCCCCCUCGCCCGCCCCGCGCGCCCCCCGCGAGAGGUCCACCGCGCUCCUAUCGAAGCUCGCCAAGUUCAAAGCAAAGGGGAUGGAUAUCGGCGUAUCGGAUGAGUAUCUGAACGGUGUGCAGGUGGAACAGAGCUCCAGCGAGCCUGAAGACGAGGAUGAUGGCGACGGAGUGCUGCGCCAGUCGUACGCCCACAGCGCCCCCAGGGAGCAGCCGGUCUCGUUCUGCAACAUGAGCGAGAUCGUGGGCCGCUUCGAGGCCGGCCAGCGCUCCGCCUCCGAGAGGCACCGCGAACGGAAGCAGGAGAUACAGAACAUACGCAGCAGGCUCUUCAUGGGCAAGCAGGCAAAGAUCAAAGAGAUGUACGAGCAGUCCGUGAUGCAGAGCGAGCAGGGGAUAACGUCGGCGGAGAAGAUCGGAAGGGAGCUGGAGCUGGACGCGGAGAGGGCGCGCGCGAUAAAGCAGCGCUUCGAGAACGGCGAGCUGUUCAACGACGAGAACCAGCCGCCCAAGAACAGGGAGAUCGAGGACCAGUCGCUGUUCAACGAAGGUAUCGCUAAGAAGUCCAGGUCUAUCUUCUUGGAGCUGGACGCAAACGCGAAGAGCAUGCCGACAUCCCCGCCGGUGCAGGAGGCGCCCAAGAGGAAGGAGAUCCCGUUCGUGCCGAAGGACGUGGUGCGCGCCGCCGACAAGGUGGAGGACGUGAGGAUCGAGACGGCCGACAUCUCGGACCGGUUCCGCUUCUUCGAGACCUACCGUCCGGAGAGCGCGCGCAAGGAGUUCCGCAUGACGCCGCCCAGGCAGCCGCAGCGCGCCAAAUCGCCGUCGCCGGAGCCCUACCACGAGCCGGGCGUGGUGCGCAGCGCGCCGGGCUCCGCCGACACGGCGCUGGCCGCCGACCGCCACACCGCCUCGCGCAUGAUCAGCGUCUUCCGCCAGCUCGAGGAGCAGCGCCAGCAGCCCGAGGAGCCGGCAGGUCCGAAGCCGCUGAAGCGGUUCACCCCGCCGCCGCCUGGUGAAGCCAACCACCAGGGGGACACCUCCUCCUCCGAGGAGUCUGAGUACGAGGAGGACAGCGAGGAGGAGCGGCGCAGGGGCUACAUGGCCGCAAGGGAUAGGGACGAGGCCUUGAAACAGGCGCAACAGCUUGCCCGCACCAAGAGUUUCCGCGACCGCUUCGAGCACUGGUCCGAAUCGGAGCCGCCCCGCGCCCCCUCCCACCCCGCCCCACCCCUCUACCAGCGCGAGGAGGACGCCGACGGCGAGUCGCAGCUGGACACCGCCAGGAGUUUGCGCGAGAAGUUUGAAAAGAUGCAGGUGCAACAGACGACGGUGACAAAAACCGUGGUACCCAAAGUGAACCGGUUUGUG